UACAUAUUAAAAAGAGAAAGCUUAUCAUCAGAAUAAUAUAACUGACACAGAGAUGCUCUGCUCCGUAAAACAAAACACACACAAGAUGACACUCUACUCUCUUCUCUUCCUCCUCCUCCUCCGUAUCUCCGCCGCAUACCCUUCGCCGGAAACGAACUUCUUCGACUCCUUCUUACCAUCCGACGCCGUCGCACUUCUCUCAUUCAAAUCCACCGCCGAUCUCGACAACAAGCUUCUUUACUCUCUCACCGAGCCUUACGACUACUGCCAAUGGCGCGGCGUCGAGUGCUCUCAAGAUCGCGUCGUUCGUCUUCUUCUCGACGGCGUUGGUCUCAGGGGACGUUUCUCACCGGAGACUCUCACUCGUCUUGACCAGCUCCGUGUUCUUAGCCUUGAGAAUAACUCGCUCUCUGGUUCGAUCCCUGAUCUAUCUCAUCUAACCAAUCUCAAAUCCUUAACCCUAAGCAAGAACCAGUUCUCCGGUACAAUCUCCGGUUCGAUUCUCUCUCUUCGUCGGUUAGCUGAACUCGAUCUCUCGUAUAACAGAUUCUCCGGCGAGAUUCCGUCUGAGAUCAAUGCACUGAGUCGACUCAGUUCUUUACAUCUCGAGUUUAAUCGAUUCAGUGGAACUCUCCCGCCGUUAAACCAUUCUUCACUGACGUCGUUUAACGUUUCCGGUAACAGUCUCACCGGUUUAGUUCCGGUCACAACGACUCUGUUACGGUUCAACGCGUCUUCGUUCUCGUCAAACCCUGGUCUCUGCGGUGAGAUCAUUAACAAGUCUUGCGGUUCACGUUCUUCUUCUCCGUUCUUUGGUUCAACUAAACCGAACGCCACGUCAUCAUCAUCAUCAUCCGUAUCUUCUACUCCUUCGCCUCAAGCACCGAUUAGUCAGAGCGAACAGAACGGUGAAGCGACGAUGAGUAAUCCACCGGUGGUUAGAAAGAGCAAAAGUGGUUGGUUAGUUCUUGGUUUCACCAUUGGUCUCGCUUCUUUGAUAGUUCUCGGUCUCUGCCUCGUCGUGUUCUCAUUGGUUAUAAAGAACCGGAGAGACGAAGACGAUGACGUGAUGAUAACGCAACCGUCAACAGUAACAGAACCGCUCAAGCUGAAAUCUCAGAAACGUGAAGAAGAAAACAAAGAAAUCAAAAUCCAAAUCCAAGACCCAUCGCUGCAACUGAGAAGCCCUAGAAAUGGAGAUUUGGUAUUCUGCGGCGACGGAGGAGGAGAAGGCAUGUACACACUUGACCAGCUGAUGAGAGCUUCGGCGGAGCUUUUGGGAAGAGGAUCAGUAGGGACAACGUACAAGGCGGUGAUGGUUAAUCAACUGGUCGUGACGGUGAAGAGAUUUGCUCCGUCUAAAACAUUGGUUACUAGUGAUAUAGAGUUUGAGAAUCAUAUGGAGAUAGUUGGUGGACUAAGGCAUCCGAAUCUUGUUCCGGUUAAAGCUUAUAUUCAGUCUAAUGGAGAGAGACUUGUCGUCUACGAUUACCAACCUAAUGGAAGUCUCUUCAAUCUUAUUCACGGUUCAAGAACAUCAAAGGCAAAGCCAUUACAUUGGACAUCAUGUUUGAAGAUAGCAGAAGAUGUAGCUCAAGCGUUACAUUACAUCCACCAAUCAUCUGCAAAAUUCCAUGGAAACCUCAAGUCCACUAACAUCCUCCUUGGUCAAGACUUUGAAGCUUGUCUCACUGAUUACUGUCUAAGUGUCUUAAUAGACUCUUCAGUCCCUCCUACUGACCCGGACAUCUCUUCCUACAAAGCACCGGAGACAAGGAAAUCAACUGAUAGCCGCCCCACGUCCAAAUGCGAUGUGUACUCGUUCGGGGUCUUCCUCUUAGAGCUCUUGACAGGUAAAACAGCUUCUAGGCAACCCUUUAUGGAGCCAAACGAUAUGUUGGAUUGGGUUAGAGCAAUGAGGCAAGAAGAGGAAAGGUCAAAAGAAGAGAAUGGACUUGAGAUGAUGACUCAAACGGCUUGCCUUUGUCGUGUGACAUCACCUGAGCAAAGGCCGACAAUGAAAAAAGUGAUCAAAAUGAUUCAAGAGAUUAAGGAGAGCGUUGUGAUGAGUGAAGAGAACGAUAAAUUCCUUUGAUACAAGUGUGUGUAUUUUUGAAGGGUUAAACAAACUUGGGACAAAGAAAAAGAGAAUAUUAUAAAGCGUAAAUUUUCUUAAGAUGGUGAGGUGAUGUUUUCAAAUUUAGAUUAUGCUUGUUUUAGAAUUUUGUGCACUCAAAUUUUGGGCACCACAGACAUGUGUGAAAGAGGAAUAAUAUUCCACCAUGUUAAAUGGUAAUGCAAGUUGAAAUUUGUUUA